UUGCAAAAUAGGAUGGCUGAUGAUGUUAACCAUGGCAGUAAAGAUAACCGGAAAAGCUUUCUCAGUUCAUUCGAUGAUGUUGAUCAAUUCCUUGAGGCUAGUGAAUCUGUUGACGAAGAUGCCGGAAAUAAAACAACUGAUAUCGAGAUCACAACCGAUCUUGGUAGCAGUACAAGCAUGCUAAGUCCUGCCUCCCCUAUGCCAUUUUUGAAUAAGUCUUUUGAUGGAAAGUUUCAACCUCGCAAUCCGAUUGCAGAAGUAAUGUCAGAAACUGAAGAGUCCAUGUCCCACGAGGAGCAGAUACACUCAGACACUCCUUUACCACAUGUUGACACACCUCUACCGAAUCCAGAAGAUUACCCGGUCUCUUCCAAUCCUGAUUCAGAGAGUUCAGAUGAACUGACUGUUCAUCAAGAAUCUGACUCUCUGAAUACAGAGGCCUUAAAAUUAAUGGCAGGAAUGAAAUCAUUGCAUAUAAGUACAGACAUCAACAUUUCUGGAGAUAAGAAUAUCAUUGAAAAGCAAGUUGAGGAUCAAAUUGUCAAUUUUCAAAGAGGCCUCUCUGCUGAACUACCACCAAAUGAAUCUCUUGCUAUCCCGAGUUCUGUCAUGAAAGAGUCCAACCUUCUGGAUAAAGUGUCAUUCAUGGAGAGUAGUCUUCCUAAAGACAACACCUUGAUGGCCACCGGAGCAUCAAUAGCAGACAUGCCCCUGGAGGAAGAUUUUGAGAAGAACGAGUCUCCAGUGAUAAGAGAAGAGGAGACCCCUAGCGAGGAGACUCCUAGUGAAGUUAAGGUGUCCGAGGUGGAAGAAGAAGUCGAUAAGAUUCUUCAGGAUGUUAAAACCUCCGAACGUGACUACUCGAGUGACCAGUUUGAAAGUUAUGAGGAUGUUUCAGACAACGACAAGUUUAAUCGUCCGGAUGAAAUGCGACUUGCACCUGCAGAAUCCCCUUCGAAAACUGCUUACUCUCCCAUGAAAACAACUUUAAACCCGUUCGAAUCGACGCCCAUCGAUAUGGACAGGUUCCAGGACCGCACUACUGGUUUUGACUUAAGUCCAGUACUGAGCAAAAGAGAUCCUCACUUCAAGGAUAACAAUGAAGUGGACACACAAGGGGAGACAAAGGGGAAACCUUCCCAGUCACAUGAAACUAUUUCAACUACAAAUCCUGAUUAUUCCCAGGAGAAAGAUAUGGCUUAUUAUCUGGCAAAAAUAAAAGCGAAAGCUGCCCAAAAGAGUCAAGAGAUAAGGUCCAGUAUAGAGAGCAGUAGAGCAUCAGAUUCCAGGUCAGAUAAAACUCCUGAUUCUGAGUUUGUCAAACCAAAAACUCCUGCCCCUAAGAAGAAAGGUCAGGACACUAAAAAGUUUACGAGCAGCAUCAAGAAACCAACUAUCACAACGAAGGAUUCAGGACCCUCAAAAAGUAAAGUUCCUGUUAGGACUUCCUCGGCUAAAUCUAAAAUAGUGGCACAGUCCCCCGUUGCAGCUUACAUUAGGGGUAAACCUAAACCUUCUCAUCAAAAUGAUGGGAAAAAUAAUGUUAACUUGUCUAAACAGAACCUUGGUAACACAUGGACAUGUGCGUUAACUGACAAGAGUCUUGUGGAGGUCAUUCAAGCAGAUGGAGAUGUGGAAGCGUGGAAGGAGCUGUAUAGGCGCACCCAGGAGGAGUUGCGCCAGGUUCAGGAGCAGCUGCAGGAGACACAGCGUGCACACAAGGAGCGUGUCAGCACCCUCAAGACAGCACACUCGCAGGAGCUUCACAAGUACAAGCAGGACGUGUAUGUGCUGCAGUCGCGGGUGAAAAAUGCCGGGAAUGCGGGUGGUGGAGGAGGUGGAGGAGAUGCGGACUCCAGAGUGGAGCAUCUUAACAAACAAGUUGCUGAACUGGAGAACCUUCUUAGUGGGUACCAGUCGGAGAAUGUUAAGGUCUAUGAGGAGAUGAGAGGUCUAAAAGAGCAUCAGAAGGACGAAAUAACGCGACUCUUUCUAGAAAAUAAAGAUCUGGCGUCCAACAACGUUGCUCUGAAGCAAUUACUCGAACAGAAAGAGGCGUCAGUACGACAGUUGCAGCAGAACCAACAAACCCAACUUCUAGCAGACAAAGUGUCAAACCUGCCCAAACUAGCAGCUUUACAAGCUGAUCUAGACGACUACAAACACAGGGAGAUAAUGUACCAACAGCGUGUAACUGUUUUAGAGGGCCGUGUCGGAGGGGGACCCAGGGAGUUUAGUGAUGCUGCUGUUAACUCUUCUCUUGUACAGGUGGACCAACAGCAAGGACUUUAUCUGGGUUACCUCCCAGCAAGGACUUUAUCUGGGUUACCUCCCAGCAAGGACUUUUAUCUGGGUUACCUCCCAGCAAGGACUUUAUCUGGGUUACCUCCCAGCAAGGACUUUUAUCUGGGUUACCUCCCAGCAAGGACUUUAUCUGGGUUACCUCCCAGCAAGGACUUUUAUCUGGGUUACCUCCCAGCAAGGACUUUAUCUGGGUUACCUCCUAGCAAGGCCUUUUAUCUGGAACCAGGAUCUCAGUUGUCCGUUGUUACCUUUUCUCCAUCAUUUAUUCUGCAGUAA